CCGUCCGGCGCAAAAUUCAAACUGAUCAGGAAGACGGUAGCGCGGCUCUGUCCCGUUUUGUUGACUAUUAAAUACAAAUACCCAUAAGAGGAGGAGGGCUACGUCGGAACUCUGAAAACAUAAGAUAAAAAUGAGUGCGACCUGCACACCUGUGUCCCGGGUGCGUCCGGGAUGGAAUUUGUCUUCUUUGAACAAGAACAAAGGUCUGUCUCCGGGAGCCUGCAGCACCCCGCUGCUGGCAGCCUUCCCUGGCAACGAUGACGAGCAGGAACGUCGUCAGCGCAGGAGAUCAAGAGUCAUCGACCUUCAAGCUGCCAACGAUUCUUCCUUUGCAGACUCUACUUCUCACAGUGCUGUGGGGACUCCCGCUUCUGUGCCCAAGCUGUCGAAUGCUCAGAUCUCAGAGCAUUACUCCACCUGCAUAAAACUUUCCACCGAGAAUAAAAUCACCACCAAAAAUGCCUUUGGUCUGCAUCUGAUUGAUUACAUGGCUGAUAUUCUGAAACAGAAGGACUCUGAGAUCACUAACUUCAAGGUGGCCGCUGGUACUUUGGAUGCGAGUACAAAGAUCUACGCGGUGAGAGUGGAUGCUGUUCAUGCUGAUGCCUACCGAGUGUUGGGUGGUCUUGGUGCUGAGACUAAACCUGGAGAGGGUUAUGCAGAUCACGAUCAGGCGGGCGCGGAGGGGGACGAUGACGAGGGAGCUGGAGGAGACAUGAUUGCAAAGCAGCCAAAGAAAAAGAGGCCGCCUAAAAAGACCGUGGAGCAGAACCUGAGCAACAUCAACAGUGCAGAGUCUGAGAGGAGAUGUGAGGUGGACCCCAUGUUUCAGCGGAUGGCCUCAUCCUUUGAUGAGAGCAGCACAGCGGGAGUCUUUCUGUCUGUUCUGUGCAGUGAGAACAGUCGCUGCGAGCUGCUCUUUGCCUCUCACAUGAUCCCCCUGCAGUCCAGACCCUCCUACUCGCCUCCAGCUCCACAGAGAGUCUCUGCAUCACCGUUCAAGGCCGGACUCCAGCGUUCCCAGGAGAAAAGCUGCAUCUGCCCCUCGCUGCAAGACUUCUCCUUUACAAGCUGGAACCCUGAGCAGACCAUUAAUCAGCUGCUGGAGAAGAUGAAGCAGGGUGAGCACGUGUUCGACGUGAAUGCUGAGCCGGAAGCAGAAGAAGACGACUGCCCUGAUUUUGAUGCUGAUCACGAGGAGGGGUUGGCUGACUGUGAGGAAGGACUGAAGGAGCACAAGGAGGGCUGGGUGUCCUCGGGUUCUGGCAAAACAAGGGACGUGAUUCCCAUUGGAGAAGGGGACAUCGCCACCAUGUGUUUGCAGCUUUCCUCUCAUCCCAGAGAAUAUUCCUACUUCAGCCCCAGGACCAUGGCCGCCUGGGCCGGCCCUGGAUACUGGCAGUUCAAACCAAAACACAAGUUGGAUCAUGUUCCUGACAAAGAGACGCGUAAAAGGAAACCCAAAAAGACCUUUGAAAUAGACUUCAGUGAUGAUGUCAACUUUGACUUGUACUUCCACACCACAAGGGCUGCCACCAACAACAACAAGUCCGCCCUCAGUGCCAGCAACAAGAAGACGACCCUGCCCGUAAAUUUCAAGUUUGCCCCAGAGACGCUCUCCCAGCUCAGCCUGAAACCCUCCAACUCGUUGGGUGGAGAGGCCCAGAAGAGGCUGUCUGGAGAGCUUGGAGAAGGCAUCGGUGAUUAUGACUACAACAACCCCAACGAUACAGCGAACUUCUGCCCAGGUCUUCAGGGCGGUGACAGCGAUGAUGAUGUGGAAGGAUUUGCUGGUUCAGAUGACACGCAGCCGUCAGGUGACGGUAUGCCUCCGCCUUCACAGGAUCACGAGGAGGUGUCCAUAUACGGGGAGGAAGAUCUCGUACCUGAGCCGUACAGGGUGAACAAAAUUGAAAUCAACUAUGCCAAGACAGCGAAGAAUAUGGACAUGAAGAAGCUGAAGAACAGCAUGUGGACUCUUUUGACUGAAAGCCCAGAAAAACCAAAACAGCAGGUGGAGGAGACUGCAGCGGCUCCAGUGUGUGGAGAGAAAGCCUUCAGUCAGACCACAAAGACUCUGCUUCAAAGAUUACCAAACACUAUGGCUCAGAACCUGUCGGUACCACUGGCCUUUGUUGCCCUGCUGCAUCUCGCUAAUGAGAAGAAUCUGGAGCUGGUGAAGGUUGACGACAUGUCAGACAUCAUCAUCAGACAAGGCCAGUGAGCUGAACGGAUCAAGGGACUUUAAUGAAGAUUCACAUUUCCUUUCUUCUGCCUUCUGCCUGAUGUUCUUCCUGAAGCUUCCUUUUAUUUUACAUGUUGCAGAUAUUUUUCACCUCUUUCUAUGUAGAUAAUAUAACUUCUUAACCACAGCGCAAAUAUUCGUUGUCAAAAUAAAUGUGUUUUUUUUAAA